UCUCCCCCUCCACCGGAGGGACUUGCAAGUACCAUCUCGAUCCUGUCCCGUCUGUUUUCUGUGAUGGGGCAGCGAUGAAACCAAAGAUCCUUUGUAGACCUCUCAAAUCUAAACACUAGGUUUCACUAAUUUAGAUAAAUUGGCACAGGUUGCCUGUUUGCUGCCAUGCUGCGAGUUAUAGUGGAGUCGGCUAGGGGGCUCCCUGAGAAGAAAUUUGGACAGCCCGAUCCAAUUGCCUCUGUGAUUUUUAAAGAGGAGAAAAAGAAAACCAAAGCGAUUGACAGUGAGGUGAAUCCCGUGUGGAAUGAGGUGCUUGAGUUUGACCUAAAAGGUAUUCCUCUGGACUCCAGCUCAAACCUGGAUGUGAUUGUGAAAGACUAUGAGACUAUUGGGCAAAAUAAAUUUCUUGGGUCAACCAAAAUCUCUCUGAGAGACCUGGCUUCAGGUCAGGCCAGAUCUCUGCCAUCCAAAAAUGUCCCCUUGGUCAAUGAGAAUGGGCAGGGUACUGGGGCGACAAUCAACCUUGUGGUUGCGUACGACCCUCCAGCCAAUGCUGUCCCAAACCCUAGUGAUCCUGCAGCUGGAGAGGCCACGAGGGAGGCUGGUGGCGGCGGUGGUGAGGAGGAUGGGGAUACUGUACCAGAUGGGGGCCCAAGCGGCUCUGCGGGAGUCACCUCAUCAUCUGGUCAGUCUGCUAAUCUUCGCCAGAAGCUGGCGAGGGCGCAGAACCGCCACCGACUCGUCAAUAAACCCCAGGACUUCCAGGUUCGUGUUCGCAUCAUCCAAGCUCGUCAGCUGCCUGGCAACAACAUCAAACCAGUGGUGAAGAUUAACGUGUGUGGAGAGACCCACAGGACGAGGAUCAAGAAGGGAAAUAAUCCCUAUUUUGAUGAGCUUUUCUUCUACAAUGUUCACAUGCUGCCGUCUGAUCUGUUCGAACAGAACAUCAGCUUCCGGGUGUAUGACUCCUAUUCGCUGAGAGCUGACAGCCUUAUGGGACAAUUCAAGCUGGAUGUUGGUUACGUGUAUGAUGAACCAGCCCACUGUGUGAUGAGGAAGUGGCUGCUGUUGAAUGACCCCGAUGACUGCAGCUCCGGGGCGAGAGGCUACCUCAAAGUCAGCCUCUUUGUUAUCGGGACCGGUGAUGAGCCUCCGGUUGAGAAGCCGGAGUCCAGCGACGACCAGGAUGACAUAGAGAGUAAUCUGCUGCUGCCGGCAGGGGUGACUCUGCGCUGGGCCACGCUGUCACUGAAGGUGUUCAGAGCUGAGGACAUCCCCCAGAUGGAUGAUGCAUUUGUCCAGACGUUAAAAGGGAUUUUUGGAGGGGAUCAAAACAAAAAGAACCUGGUGGAUCCAUUUCUGGAGGCUCGCUUCGCUGGCAGAAAGUUGUGCACACAGAUCAUUGAGAAGAAUGCAAACCCAGUGUGGAACCAAUUGCUGAACCUUCAGGUCAAGUUCCCAUCCAUGUGUGAGCGUGUCAAACUAACAGUAUUCGACUGGGAUCGGAUGACAGGAAAUGAUGCUAUUGGCACCACAUACCUGAACCUGGCCAAGAUAGCCUCCUCUGGUGGAGAGAUAGAAGAGGAACAUGCAGGAAAUGGGGAAAUACAAUCAUAUGAAGUUAACUCAGGAGAGUCUGAGGUGGGUUUCUUACCUGUGUUUGGGCCCUGCUACAUCAAUCUGUACGGGAGCCCCAGAGAAUUCUCCGGCCUGCCGGACCCCUACGAGGAUCUCAAUUAUGGCAAGGGGGAAGGAGUGGCCUACAGGGGCAGGGUUUUGGUGGAGCUGUCCACUAAGCUCGAGGAGAAGGCCGACAAAACAGUGGAGAGCAUCCAAAAUGACGAUAUCCUUGUGGUACAGAAGUACCAGAGGAGGAGGAAAUACUGUCUUUGUGCAGUCUUCCAUUGCGCCUCCAUGAUUCAGGAGCCUGGUGAACCGAUCCAGUUUGAGGUCAGUAUUGGUAACUAUGGAAACAAACUGGACACCACCUGCAAACCACUGGCCUCCACUACCCAGUACAGCUGUGCUGUGUUCGAUGGGAACCAUUAUUACUACUUGCCCUGGGCGGACACUAAACCAGUAGUUGUGGUUACAUCGUUCUGGGAGGACAUCAGUCACCGUCUGGACUCUGUCAAUAUUAUCCUCUAUAUCACUCACCGCCUGCAAUCCAAUCUGGAGGCAUUUAGGGCUGCAAAGUUGGCUAAAGUCUCUGACAACCAACUUGUAGAGGUGUGGCUGAAGCUGCUGAGUCAGCUGGUUGACGAUCUGGAAAGCUUCCCGACACCUGAGCUGGAGGGCCGUCCUAACUUGACGUCUCUGGACAUCCAGAUCAAAAAGCUGCGAGACAGUGCCUUAACAUGUAUCAAAGAAGCAGCCAAACGCAUGAGAGAGGAGGCCGUCGAGAUCUCUGACACUCUCUCUGACAUAGAAACCUGGGUGGACAGACUCAAACAGCUGGCUGAGGAGCCCCAGAACAGCAUGCCUGAUGUGAUCAUCUGGAUGCUGCGGGGUGAGAACAGGGUGGCCUACAGUCGUAUCCCAGCUCACCAAAUCCUGUAUUCAAAAUUCAGCGAGCAGGCCUGCGGCCAACACUGCGGCAAGACCCAGACUAUCUUUUUAAAGUACCCCAUGGACAAGAGCAAAGGCCUAAAGGUGCCAGUGCAGAUCAGAGUCAACAUGUGGCUGGGUCUGUCUGCACUUGAGAAAAAGUUCAACUCGUACUCCGAGGGAACCUUCAGUGUGUUUGCUGAGCUGUAUGAAAAUCAGGCCCAGGUCUUCGGGAACUGGGGGACCACAGGACUGGUGGGGCGCCAUAAAUUCUCAGACGUAACAGGCAAACUGAAGCUGAAACACGAGUACUUUCUUCCCCCCAGAGGAUGGGAGUGGGAGUCUGACUGGUUCAUUGAUCCAGAAAAGGCUUUGCUAUCAGAGGCGGACGCAGGCCACACUGAAUUCAUGGACGAGGUUUUCCAGAACGAGACCCGGUUCCCUGGCCGGGAGUGGAAAGCUGCCUCAGAACCGUACACGGAUGUGAAUGGAGAGAAUAGCCGCAACCCUGCAGAGUUUGACCUCCCUCCAGGAUGGGAAUGGGAGGAUGACUGGACCGUGGAUGACAACAGAGCGGUGGAUGACCUAGGCUGGGAGUAUGGAGUGACCAUUCCUCCAGACGACAAGCCUCGGUCCUGGGUCCCAGCAGAGAAGGUGUACCACGUCCACCGCAGGAGGAGACUGGUCCGACCUCGCAGGAGAGGGGCCCUCCCUGCAGGAGCAGCUGUGGAGAGGAGGGAUCGAGGCGACCCUGAGGGCUGGGAAUUCUCCUCUCUGAUUGGCUGGAAAUUCCACAGACUGGAGCGUUCAUCGGACACGUUUCGACGAAGGCGCUGGAGACGAAAGAUGGCUCCAGAAGAUCGCCUUGGAUCAUGUGCCAUCUUUCAGCUGGAGGGGGGAUUGGGUGUUGACACAGAGGAAAAAGAGAAGAGCUCCAAGGCUGAUGCCACCAAGCUGUUUGGUGCCAACACGCCCACUGUGUCCUGCUCCUUUGACAGGUCAUAUAUGUACCACCUCCGUGUCUACGUCUACCAGGCUAGAAACAUGGCAUCUAUGGACAAAGAUAGUUUUUCUGAUCCAUAUGCACACGUGUCCUUCCUGCAUGUCAGUAAAACAACAGAGAAGCUCAAAGCAACACUGAACCCAACCUGGGACCAAACUCUGAUUUUCAGUGAUGUGGAGAUUUAUGGAGACCCCCAGAACGUGGCUCACUGCCCCCCCGAUGUGGUGCUGGAGUUUUACGAUGCUGACCAAGUGGGGAAGGAUGAGCUGCUGGGCCGCAGCGUUUUAGCCCCACUGGUGAAGCUGGAUCCCAGCGUGGAUCAGAGGCCCAGGCUGCUGUGGCAUCCCAUCAUGCAGAGGGGGCAGAAGGCGGGGGAGGCACUCGUGGCUGCUGAACUUAUUCUGAAACUCCAGUCGGGCGAGUCAGAUCUUCCCCUGGUUCCCCCAAAGAGAGCUGAGAACCUUUACAUGGUUCCUCAGGGGAUCAGACCUGUGGUUCAGCUCACUGCUGUGGAGAUUCUUGCAUGGGGUUUGAGGAACAUGAAAUCCUAUCAGCUGGCCUCGGUGUCCUCGCCCAGCCUUGUGGUGGAGUGUGGGGGGCAGCGGGUGGAGACGGCUGUCAUCAAGAACAUGAAAAAGAGCCCUAACUUCCCCAGCUCUGUCCUCUUCAUCAAAGUGCUGCUUCCGAAAGAAGAAAUGUACACACCGCCCAUUGUGCUGAAGGUGAUCGACCACCGUCCGUUUGGCAGGAAGCCCGUGGUUGGUCAGUGCACCAUCACGUCUCUAGAGGAGUUCAGAUGUGACCCAAAUAUCAUCAUUUCAGAUGGAGCCAGGGCCUCGAAAAUGGCUCUGAUGAUGGCUUCACCUCGCAAAGAUGUCGCUAUCACCAUGGAAGACACAAGACCAGUGCUAGAAGCUCAGUUCUUAUACAGCAUGUCAUCUGCUGUCAACAAAAUGGCUUCCCCAACUUCCUAUUUAGAAAAAGAGACAGUUGAUUGGUGGAGUAAAUUCUAUGCCUCGUCAGGAGAUCAGGAGAAAUGUGGCCCUUACCUCAAGAAAGGAUACGAUACCCUCAAAGUGUACGACUGUGAAUUGGAGAAUGUCCCAGAAUUCAAUGGGCUGACUGAUUUCUGCAACACCUUCAAACUGCAGCGAGGCAAAAAUGAAAAUGGGGACGAUGACCCCUCUGUGGUUGGAGAGUUCAAGGGUGCAUUCAAGGUUUACCCCCUGCCGGAUGACCCAGGUGUUUCCCCUCCUAUGCGUCAGUUCAGAGAGCUGCCAGAAAGCGGACCUCAGGAGUGUCUAGUUAGGAUCUACGUGGUCCGGGCAGUACACCUGCAGCCUAAAGACAACAAUGGCAGCUGUGAUCCAUACAUAAAGAUAUCAGUGGGAAGAAAUACAAUUGAAGACCGAGACAACUACUUACCCAACACCAUAAACCCUGUGUUUGGAAGGAUGUUUGAGAUGACGUGUUUCCUACCUCAAGACAAAGACCUGAAAAUCGCAGUCUAUGACUAUGAUAUGCUGAGCCGCGACGAGAAGGUUGGCGAGACAGUGAUUGACCUGGAGAACCGCUUCCUGUCCCGAUAUAACGCAUACUGUGGCAUUUCACAGACCUUCUGCAUUUCUGGCAUCAACCAGUGGAGGGAUCAGAUGAAGCCGUCUCAGAUCCUCGACAACCUGGCUCGUUUAAAAGGCCUGUCCAAACCCAGGACGGAGGACAAUGGCACCUCGCUCACUUUCAAUGGGAAAGAUUACACGUUGGCUGAGUUUGAGAACAACAAGGAAAUCCACCAGCACUUGGGCCCGGCCCGUGAGCGACUCUGUCUGCACGUGCUCAGAACACAGGGGCUUGUCCCAGAACACGUGGAGACCAGGACGCUGUACAGCAGCUUCCAGCCCAAUCUCUCUCAGGGAAGCCUUCAGCUGUGGGUGGAUGUGUUUCCUAAAAGCAUCGGACUUCCUGGACCUCCUUUCGACAUCACACCACGUAAGCCUAAGAAGUUUUUCCUACGUGCCAUCAUCUGGAACACCACAGAGGUGACGCUGGAUGAGACCAGCAUUACUGGGGAAAACAUGAGCGACAUAUAUGUCAAAGGAUGGAUGCCAGGCAUGGAGGAGGACAAACAGAAGACAGAUGUCCACUACAGGUCUCUGGACGGAGAUGGGAACUUCAACUGGCGGUUUGUCUUUGGGUUUGACUACCUGCCGGCAGAGCAACUCUGCCUCGUAUCCAAGAAGGAACACUUCUGGAGUCUUGACCAAACCGAGUUCAGGAUUCCCCCCAAGCUGAUUGUUCAGAUAUGGGAUAAUGACAAAUUCUCCCUGGAUGAUUACCUCGGUAAAAUAAUGUCUUUAAUAUUAAAAAUAGGACGUACAUUUCACAUAAGAUCAGCAUUUUCAAAUCCUGACUGUAAUAACUCUGUCGCGUUUCCAGGCACACUGGAGCUGGAUUUGCGUAAAAUUGUCCCUCCUGCAAAAGUUCCAGAAAAAUGCUCCCUGCAGAUGGUGGACGACCAGGAAAUGGGGGGGACAAACAAAUUGGAGAACAACAAGUCUCUGUUUGCACAGCAGUCUGUCAGAGGCUGGUGGCCUUGCUACAUCGAACAGGAUGGCAAGAAAACUCUGGGCGGCAAAGUGGAGAUGACACUGGAGAUUGUAAGUGAAGCAGUCACAGAUGAGAGGCCUGCAGGAAAAGGAAGGGACGAACCCAACAUGAACCCAAAACUGGACCCUCCUAACCGUCCAGACACGUCCUUCUUUUGGUUCACCAACCCGUGUAAGUCGAUGAAGUUCAUUGUGUGGAGAAGGUUCAGGUGCCUCUUCAUCGGAAUCAUCAUCCUCACCAUCGUGCUCCUCUUCCUCGCCAUCCUGUUGUACUCUUUACCGAACUACAUCUCAAUGAAGAUUGUGAAGCCACUGAAGUAACUCUGGGACAGAGGGAAAGUUGCUGCAGCACAUAAAGAAUAUCACACUAACGGAACACAAAUGCUGCCAGAAUGUAAACUGUUUUUUUUGUUUGGGUUUUUUUUUUAAACAGCUCAUUGUGUUUUAUUAAUGGCAUGGGGUGCUUGCGCAUUUGCACAAUAUCAGUAUAAGAAUAUUCUGCCAAAAUCACUGUGACCACCUUCACAAAGACCCGGACAUCUUAAGUUUCCGGACCACAUCUUCUGCCACACGUGUUGGACAUCCAGGGAACAAAUCUCUAAUCAUCGAAAUGCAGUCUGUUAAAACAGUUAUGUAGUGAAGUGCUGGAGUUUUCGUUAAUCAUCCGUCCAUCAGCUUCCAUAUUUCUGGGUUUUGGGAGCAUCAGCCUCCUCUUCCCGGCCACAUCCUCCAGGAUCCCAAGGUAUUCCCACACCGAGAGAUAUUAUCUUUCCAACAUGUCCUGGGUCCGUUGGGCAAAACCUCACCUGGGAAGCGUCCCAGAUGCCCAAACCACCGGCUUGGGUCAUCUGGAUAUGGAGCAGUCCCAGGUCCCUCCGGGAUGACUGAAAAUCUGAUUGUGCUCAAUGUUUAUGUUUCAGUGAGUUGAAUGUUACCGUUUGUAGGCUACACGCUGCAACAAUUAAGGCUGUAUUUAUUAUGUGACUGUUCUAUCAGAAUCAAUAACAAGGCAGGAUGUCACUUUUCCUCAUUGUGUAUUCAUCCAAAUGCCACAGGAAAAAAUAGGUGUCACUUCUCUCACAUAUCCCCCCUCAGUUUCACAGAUCUUUUAAAUAUAAAUAUAUCUUGUAUCUUAUUUCAUCUUCUUUGUCUUCCAAUAUUUAUUUACUUAUUCUAUUUUUUUGUGAGGGUUGUUAUUAAUUGCAGAUUUAGCUGCCUUUAGACACUAGGCAGCAUAUUAUAAAUGUAAAAAAAUAUAUAUAUAUACUGCCAGAGGUUGCAAGAAAUGGUCUGGUUAUUUGAGAUACAACAAUGUGGUAUGUAACUGAGUAACUCAUGCAUUUGCAAAAUCAGAUUUAACACAUGACGACUUUAAGUUAAGAAACUUUACAUUUAAUGUCCAGUUAUGUACAGCACAUGUUGUACAGAGGCCGGGACUAUAUACAAUGUUGUUUCCAUAAACUACAAAUAUAUGUAGUAGCUCACCAAGUAGGCCUAUGAAAUGAGAACGGUUCUGAGGUUAGUGUUAAAAACAUUAGUGCUGCUGGUAAGAGCGCCACUAGUCACCAUGGUAACCAGCCAACACUAGGCUGUACUUCCAUGUAACGCCACUAGAGGGUGGAAGUGAGUCGCUGAAUGAAUGACAAGGCUUCUUGCGCUCAUUCCCUCCCUCCUCCUUUCCUUGCCUGCCAGAGAAAACCUGGAGGACUUCAGACCAGGUUAUCUUCUGGGUAUUCGGCUUCGCUAAACCCUAACCAUCAAGAUCUCACGGGUAAAUAAUGGCUAUUUCACCUCAGAUUUGGAAAUUCUGGAUCGGGGUAUUUUCAUGAAAGAAAAUUACAGCGUUUGCAUCAGAUGAUCAAUUAAAAACAUGAUAUGUUCAACUCAGGCUUUUCUAAGCACUUUUCCUUGACUUUGUUAGACCAUCUCACGGCCCAGAGGUGAUCCCAGGAGGAAAUGUGCAAAUCAUUCAAGUCAACUAAAAUAAUUUGAUUUAUUUAGGCCUAAUUUGAGUCAGUAAGAAUA